UUCCCCUUUGGAGAAGAAUCAGCUAAAGACUUUGCUUUUUGUUUUUUGGAAGCGAGGAAAAAAACCAGGAAAAAUACACCAAGUUGCAAUUAGAUUUUUCCCUCUGUGCCCCUAUUCUCUUCCCCGCUCCCAAUCCAUCCUCAUUUGGAGCAGCGGCAGGAGCCUGGCGAAGGAGGAGAGGAUUAAGUUUUUGUGCGCUGUGUGUGUGUGUGUGUCAUUUUAAGGUGGAUCUCAGGCAGCAAGAGCCCCGGAAAAAUAAUAAUAAUAAUAAAAAAAAACAGCAAGCCAGCGGAGGCGAUCGAUAAAGGGGGGGGGAAGAUGCAGCGUUGAGAGCCCAGGCGACGGCUUUAGCCAAAGGUGGGGGCUGUUCCCUGUGGACAUUAAGCGCCUACGACGAGGAUUGAAAGUGACGUUAUGCACUCGGACUACUGUGAAUUUCCAUAAGUUCUUGGGGGAUUGCUUUAUCUUUUGAUUCCAAAAGUUAUAAAACGCAAUAGCGCAAUGGCACUUGUGGACAAACACAAAGUCAAACGGCAGCGAUUGGACAGAAUUUGUGAAGGUAUUCGCCCACAAAUAAUGAAUGGCCCUAUGCACCCUCGUCCAUUGGUGGCUUUACUAGAUGGAAGGGAUUGCACAGUGGAGAUGCCAAUUUUGAAGGACUUGGCUACUGUUGCAUUCUGUGAUGCACAGUCAACUCAGGAAAUCCAUGAAAAGGUUUUAAAUGAAGCCGUUGGAGCAAUGAUGUACCACACUAUCACUCUUACCCGGGAAGACCUGGAGAAAUUCAAGGCCUUACGAGUCAUUGUUCGGAUAGGCAGCGGUUAUGACAACAUAGACAUCAAAGCUGCAGGGGAGCUUGGGAUUGCUGUUUGCAACAUCCCCUCAGCAGCAGUUGAAGAGACAGCAGAUUCCACUCUCUGCCACGUUCUGAAUCUCUACAGAAGGAACACGUGGCUCUACCAAGCACUAAGGGAAGGCACCAGAGUGCAGAGUGUGGAACAGAUACGGGAGGUGGCUUCUGGGGCUGCUCGAAUUCGAGGCGAAACUCUUGGCCUAAUCGGAUUUGGUCGCACUGCGCAAGCAGUUGCCGUUCGAGCCAAGGCAUUUGGAUUCAAUGUGAUCUUUUAUGACCCAUACCUGCAGGAUGGCAUAGAAAGAUCCCUGGGAGUCCAGCGGGUCUACACACUCCAGGAUCUGCUGUACCAAAGUGACUGUGUGUCAUUACACUGUAACCUCAACGAACAUAAUCACCACCUUAUCAAUGACUUUACGAUUAAGCAGAUGAGACAAGGCGCCUUCUUGGUCAACACAGCACGUGGUGGUCUGGUGGAUGAAAAGGCCUUAACUCAAGCCCUGAAGGAAGGGAGGAUACGAGGGGCAGCGCUGGAUGUGCAUGAAUCAGAACCGUUUAGCUUUGCUCAAGGGCCACUGAAAGAUGCCCCUAACUUGAUCUGUACACCACACACUGCUUGGUACAGUGAACAGGCUUCACUGGAGAUGAGAGAAGCUGCUGCGACGGAGAUACGCCGAGCUAUCACAGGUCGCAUCCCUGAAAGCCUUCGAAACUGUGUGAACAAGGAAUUCUUUGUCACAACAGCUCCUUGGUCAGUAAUAGAUCAGCAAACAAUUCAUCCAGAGCUCAAUGGUGCCACAUACAGAUAUCCUCCAGGCAUGGUGAGCGGGAUUCCGGCAGCUAUGGAAGGUAUCAUCCCAGGAGGGAUUCCUGUUACCCACAAUCUUCCGACAGUGGCACAUCCUUCCCAAGCUCCUUCUCCUAACCAGCCCUCAAAACACGGGGACAACAGGGAACACCCCAAUGAGCAAUAGCAGAUAAUUUAAAGCACUCCAAUUUGGGACCAAGAGACAUUGGAAAAGAAAAUUUCACACAAACUGACAGGAAUUUGAUACAAAAUUUGUAAGGUUGAUUUUGGACUGAUGCAUCAGUGAUGUUCCAGUGUUAACUACACACACACACACACACACACACACACACACACACACACACACACACAGGAGUCAAGACUUGGGGGAGGGAGGGAUACCCCAGAAGAAGUCACCUGCUUACUGAAGCACUGAAGACUAGGAUUUGAUGAUACAUUACUGAUCAGCUUCUGUUAUUGUGUCUUUAAGUUUCCUUCAUCUUUACAUCAGUCACAAGAAUAAUGUAUAUUUCUUCUCAGCCCCUUUGGGGAGUAGCAGCUGAUUGAAGUACCUGCUGCUUAGAGCAUGUCCAGCAGUCCUAACAAAGCUUACAUGGUAUUAAGAGGAAACCAUCAUGUGACUUCAGCCCUUUCCUUCCACACUUACCUGGCUCCUCCUUGUACAGCCUGAGGAAAGUUGACCCAGAGAUGGGGCACAGUUUUGCUUGUUGCAGUUAUAUAUGGCCACUAGCGGAGGGAUGCUACUCAAGUUUAAAUACAGUUAUGUAGGUCAGGGGAAAGAAAAAAGGCCCAUGUUAACUACCUGCCUUUUAAACCACAGAAAUGGAUGCUUCUCCUACAAGAUACACUUAAUAAAGUAGCUGUACAUUCAAUAACAUGUGCUGAUGAUGCAAAAAAGUGUUAAAUCUCACAUUUAUACUCAAAUAUAUUUUUCUCAGUUUUAAAUCCACAGCUAUUUUAUUGAGUGGAAAAGUCUUGAGCUGGAAAGGGUUCAAGAAUAAUGUUGCAUUUCCUUAUGUCUCAGGAAAAAAAAAACACUUUUUAUGGUAACUUGUCAGACUGUAUGAACAAAACCCACUUUUUUAGACAUUAAAGUCUUCUUUUCUUCAUGUGAUAUUUUAUACAAGAACACUUCAAAAUGUGUUAUUAGGUGUGACUGAUUUUAACAAAUCCUAUUAGAUUUGUAUCAACUAGUUACAUGUUAUACUCAUAGUCUUUUGUGAAUCAUCGCCUUUUUGUUGAAAAAGAUGGCCUAUUCUGAGCCUUUGUAUGGGUACAUUCCUGUUUCUGUGAUAAAGUUUGAAAAGCUGUCCCAAACAAAACAAAAGCAGAACCAAUGGCUACCAGAAGUAUGUUUUGUUUUAGUGUGUUACAGUUACUGUAUUUGUUUAUUGUAAAGGUGGACAUAUAGCGUUCAGUGCAGUUUUCAAUAAAAAGUGACCAUUUCUAUAAUUUGA